AUGUACUCGAUUUUGUUCAACGAUUAUGGUAAAAUCUGGAGAGAAUCCCCGACUGCUGUAAAUGAGCUUUUUGCAUUUGGGACGAUUGCGGACUACAAAGCGAACAAGCAGCUGAUUGGACCGCUGGACGAAAACCAAUUGCUCAAGUUGCGCCAACUGACGCUGAUGUCGGUCGUCAAGCAGGGACUGCUCACGUUCGACCAAGUGUCCAUGCUUUUGGACUUGGACUACAAUGACAUAAUCAAAACCCUGACCGUGCUGGCUCGCAGUCCGCUUCUAGAGCUCGAAAUUGACGAACUGGGUCAGACGGUCAAGUUCAUAAGAGCUAGUUCUAGAGACAUAUGGGUGCAGGGAGAUCCUUCGCCUUCCUUUACCAAACCGAUCACAAUAGAAUUGCUUCAAAAGGAGUUGAACUACGGCAACGACGCAAGCACUCCCAAGCUCAAACGACGUUUGGAAAGUUGAUUUCGAAUGCAUUAUAUAUAAAUAUCCACGGGCUGCUCAGGCCUUCCAAAGCUUCUUCAUAACACCCACUAAUCCUUCCUUUUCGGUUGUCUCGAUAAUGUAGACGCCAUAUCCUGCAACUAGAGUUCCAAACCCUAGCAAACCGAUGGCAGCCUUGUGCCAGAUGCCGUAAACCCUCAACGGAAUAUAGUCAAUGAUACAGCUCUCGAAUCCGACAUAGCAGUGGUAAAGAAGCAAAGUUCCCAUAAUAGAGUCGACAAGCGGAUAGGAAGUUCCUGUCACAAAAGGAGUCAUGAUGAACGGAGCCAGGCCAAUAGCAACAACUCUCUCGCUUGUCCAGUGGAGCGAUCCGUGCAACUUGUGUGGCGGUGGAGGAACGUAGGCGUCAUUCACGGUUCCCACGAUAUUUCCAGGAGGCUGUGGGAUGGUCUUGAUGAAGCCGCGAACUGCGAGGGGUCUGAAGGCAGUAGAAGGUUUUGCGCGUAAUCCAACUUUCAA